GGAGACCUGGGCCUGGUGGAGGUGGUCGGGCUCUGGCACCGCUGCUGUGUGGUGAGUCGCCGCGGCCAGGACUACCGCGUGUUCCUCCUUGAUGAGGGGUGCACAGUCGUCACGUCUGCCUAUUAUCUGGCACGGGGCUGCAAGGAGCUCUUCCACCUGCCCCCUGAGGUGCUGGGCUGUAUUGUGGCUGAUGUCAUGCCCUGUGGAGGCCCCAGGGUGGCAGCCUGUGGGGAUGCGCCAGUCUCCACCUGGACAGUGGAGGCUAUGGAGUUCCUCAGCUACCUGCAUGGCAAAGAGGUGUCUGGCCUGGUGCAGGAGGUGGUGACACCACAGCUCAUAGUGCUUCAGCUGCCCCAGCUGGUGGCCCAGAUGCAGCACCUGGGCCUGGCCAGGCAGGUCACUCCCAGUUGGUUCUACCAGGUGCUUAGGCGCUGCCUAACUUACAGCCGCUUAAGGAACCAGCUCAAGCUGCAGCCUCCAGCAUGUUCCCUUGUAUCUUCUGCAGUGGCACAGCUUUUCCAUGUUUUGCUCUCAUAUCAGCCUGUGUCACCUGCCUUGGAUUAUUUCUACCCACAGCUUCAGUUGGGUCUGACAGAGCCUGUCCUAGUGACCCAUGUCUCUGACCCACACCUCAUCUACUGCCAGCUGCAGAGCCUGUCCCAGGAGAUCCGUUGCCUUUCUGAUACCAUGCGCCACACUUAUGACCGGUGGGAGCAGCGCUUGUUACCCAAAGUGGGCUCGCCCUGUGCUGCCCGUGGUGUAGAUGGCCAGUGGUACCGUGCACUCCUGCUGGAGUUCAUUGCUGGGGAGCAGGAGCAGCAAGUGGCUCUGGUAAUCUUUGUGGACUAUGGUAGGAAGGAGACUGUGACCAGAGCUAACCUGCGCCAUUUGCCUGUUGAGUGUUUUCGCAUGCCAGUUGUGACCUACUCCUGUGCUCUUCAGGGUAUUUCGGAUGGGGGUUGUGGCUGGUCCCCAUCACAGAUUGACAAGCUGAAAGCAUUGGUACUAGGCAAAGGAGUGCGUGCUCACAUCAAAGCCUUUAACUCCUUUGAGCAUCUCUAUUAUGUGAGCCUCUAUGGGGAAAAUGGCAUCAACUUGAACCAUCUUUUUGGGGUGCAAGCUUGCUGCCUGGUCAGUAGCCAUACACAGGUCAGCCAAACUGAGGUGCGGGAAGUGGAAGUAUCAACAGCUGAAGAACUGGAAUUGCCACCAGGAGCACCUCCUGUUGCUUUAACACACAGAGAUAUGGUCUCCGUUCCUGUAAUUGGUGCACAUCUGAAGUUGGGUGCAUUCUACGACGCGCAGGUCUCCUACCUCCGAGACCCAUCUGAGUUCUGGCUGCAGCUCCAUGAGCAUCGCCGGCUAUUCAGGCAGCUGAGGCAGAGCAUGUGGAAUUUUUACUCCCAUGCCACAAAGCUGGAUGGUGCUGGGUGGGACCUACAGCCUGGAUGUCUUUGUUGUGCCAGUGGGAAAGAAGGUGUCUUUUAUCGAGCAGUGAUCACCAGGGUACUGGACAGUGGGGUAGAAAUACACCUGGUGGAUAGAGGCAAUACAGAAACGGUAGAUCAGCAUGCGGUAAGGGAGCUGCUCCCUCGGUUCAGGGAACUACCUGCUUUAGCUCUGAAGUGUUGUUUGGCAGGUGUCUCUCCUCUGAGAGGGAGUUGGAGUGAAUCAUCUGUGUCCGCCUUCAGAGAGAUUGUACUAAACAAGGGACUAAAGGUUCAUUUUUUGAGUGCGUGGGGUGACAAAUACAUGGUUGAAAUUUUUGACCAGUCCCAAUUAGGAGAGACAAGUAUAAGUAAACUCAUGGCCCAGGGAGGGUAUGCUGAAUACCAGAGGUGUGAAAUACCUGAAACUCUCCAGAAAUCAUCUGAUAAGGCUGUAAGCCAGGCUUCUUCCCCAGCAUGUGCUGGGGAGGAAAAACAAAUAAAUGCAGAAAAGAGACUCAGAGAAGAACCUGAUGUAAAGAGCAAUGAUAGAGCACUUAAUCCUUACAUGUCUGUGAUCAUUGGAGGGCGCCCUGUUGCAGCCAUUCAUAAUUCGAAAAGUAGUGAAUCUCCUCCUGCUCAGAAGUAUGAGGGCAAGGAAAACCUGCCCAUCUUUUGGAGACAUAAUUAUGUGGAAAUGAGGCCAAAUUCCUCAUGUGGAGGUCAGUUGCAAGUGGGAAGUACGGUUAAUGUAGUGGUGUCAUAUGUAGAAAAUCCUAGUUAUUUUUGGUGUCAGUUAAGUAGAAAUUGUCAUGAUCUUAAGGUAUUAAUGGCUGAAAUUCAGGAGUACUGUAAAAAUUCAUCCCCUCCACAUGUCUGGCCAAAUUGUGUAUGUUUAGCCCAGUACUCGGAGGAUGAAAAAUGGUACAGAGCUUUAAUAGUUAGUCAAGUUCCUUCUGCAGAAAAAGUAGAAGUCAUAUAUGUUGACUAUGGCAACAGAGAGCUGGUCUCUCUAACGAACCUCCGCUCAACUAACGAAUGCUUUCUUAGGUUAGAGGCUCAGGCUUUCAGGUGCAGUCUUUACAACUUAAUCCAACCAAAUGGUCAGGAUCCUUUUGUUUGGGAUGAAGCAGCGAUUCAGGCUUUUCAGGAGUUUGUGGAUACUUCAUCAUCUUACUUUGAACUGAAGUGUACAAUAUUUGCUUUGGCUUCGAUAAACAAUAAGGAACUAUUUAACAUUGUAGAUUUAAUGACACCUUUUCAGAGUGCUUGCCAGUUUCUGACUGACAGAGGUGUGGCCAGACCUAUAUCUCCUCAAAAGCCUCUGGUAUCCUCAGUUCAGCUUCAUUCUUACUAUUAUUCUAUGCACGGUAUCAAAAUUGGGAGUGAGGAAGACAUUUUUAUUACACAUGUUGAGGAUCCAUGGACAUUUUACUGCCAACUUGAAAGAUGCGCAGAUGUCUUGGCACAGCUUACUGAUAACAUUGGUCGCAUAAGUGAAACAAUGACCAGCGUAGAAACCUUGCAGAAGUCUGGGAGCUUGUGUCUAGCAAAGUAUACCGACAAUCACUGGUACAGGGGAGUAAUAAUGAAAACAAAACCUAAUACAGAAGUCUUCUUUGUGGAUUUUGGGAACACAGAGACAAUAAAGAAAGAUCAUCUGCUUCCUUUACCCAGUGAUGCUUUUGAUAUUUUGCUUUUGCCAAUGCAGGCCAUAAAGUGUUCCUUAUCUGAUAUAUCUAAUGUUCCCAAAGAAGCUACAACAUGGUUUAAAGAAGCCGUCCUAGAAAGGCAAUUAAAAGCGAUAGUAGUAGCAAAGGAAUCUGAUGGUAAACUGUUGAUUGAGUUGUUUGAUGGUAAUAUUCAAAUUAAUGCAAAACUGAAGGAGGAGUUAAGCUUAAUAAACAAUACAGGACUGUGUAGGAAAGUAGAAGAUGAAACAUCGUGCUCUAGAAAUACAGAUGUGAAUGAGAGGAAUCAGACUGCAGAGUCCCCUUUAAAUGCAGGUACGCCUCCUGAAAGACAAAAAUGCAGAUCUUUGCCUGCUGCAAAGGGAGACCUGGCAGCUGGAUUACUGGAAUCUGAUGAAAUGCUUAGCAGUAAGAGGGAUGCUUUUUUGUUAAAUAAAGCAGGGGAAGAGUCUCUUAUCUCUGUCCAGGUGGAUGCACAGUCAGAUAUUAAAUCUGAUGCUGAAGGCAGGUGUAUAAGGCUUAAAAAUGUACCUGAUCUACUGCAGCAGAAGGUAGUGCCAGCUCUUAAAGUGUCAGUGUAUGUGUCUCAUGUAAAUGAUCUGUUGGAUUUUUAUGUUCAACUAGAAAGUGAUGAGGCUCAGCUUAACAGCAUUUCAGAAAGCUUAAACAGUAGGACACAAGCAAAGAACCCUUGUGGACAAUUCUUCCAAGCAGGAGACUUAAUCAGUGCUGUUUAUUCAGAAGAUAGCAUGUGGUAUCGAGCUGUAGUAAAAGAGAAGACUUCGGACAAUUUGAUAAUGAUACAAUAUAUUGAUUAUGGUAAUACUUCGGUAAUUAAUGUUGAUCAAGCACACAGACUCCCUGAAGAUUUGUCAUCUAUUCCAGCAAUAAGCAUUCACUGCUUCCUAGGUGGAGUUAAAUGCAAAAAAAAUUCAGACUGGGCAGAGAAAGCAGUGCUUUACUUCACCAGGAGAACAAGUGAAGUUCUGCUAAUGUGUGAAUUUGUAGAGAAGGUUGAGGAUAAAUGGGAAGUUAUUCUCAGUGACUGUCAAGGUAUAAUAACAGUGGAUUUAGCCGAUGAGAAUCUUGCAAGUAGGGAAGAAUCUUGUUCAACAGAAAAGCUUGAUAGCGAGAACAGUGACAUGGUAACGGUGUGUGAGCCUUUGCUGCCUCAGGCACACAAUGAAAUUUCUAGUGUAAGUGAUGGGAAAUCAUUUAUCUGGAAGUUUCCAGAGGCAGGUCAGACUGUAAAAAUUUACAUCACAGUAGUAAAUGGUCCAGAAUAUUUUUGGAGUUGCAGUGCUGAUACAGAAGACAUGAACUACAUAGAGGAAAAAAUAGAGGAAGCUGAAAACCUUGGACUAAACUCUUUGAAUGAUUGCAGAUCUUGUAUUAAAAGCAGUGAUAUUUGUCUAGCAAAAUAUAGUCAAGAUGGAAAGUUCUACAGAGCUAAAAUCAGCAGCAUAAAAGGUGACAACAUAGUUGUUAGACAUGUGGAUUACGGAAGUGAGGAAGCUGUUAGCUUCGAGAUGGUCAGACAAAUUCCACGUGAAUUGCUCACAAUACAUAAUCAAGCAUUUCCUUGCUGUCUGUCAGGUUUCAAUUCCUCAGAGGGCUCAUGGCUUAGCGAAGCAAAGGAGAAGUUUUAUGAUAUGACCAAAGACCUCUUAUUGGAAGCUGAAAUAAUAGAAACUCAGGAAGAUAAAGCUUCUGAAGUCCUUCUGUCUGUUGUCAAGCUGGAAGCUUCUGGCAAGAGUAUUAAUGAAGAGAUGAAGUCUUUUUGGAAGGCUAAUAAAGGAACUGGUGACAACACUUUCUCAAACCUUGAGAACCCUUUAAAGAAAAACAGAUGUUCAAACAAUACUGGUCUUUGUCUUGGAAGAGAAACUACUGCUGUUUGUGGAUUAGCUCAAGAAGAAAGUGAAAAUGCUUUACUUUGUUCUGAACCUUUCCUGGGUGUAACAUCUGGGUGCUCAAAUACUGUAGAAGCAAAUGUGUCAGUGGGAGCUGCUGAGUAUAUGUGUGGGAAGGCUGAUGAUGGAUGUGAAGCAGCUGAGCAUCAAAGCAACUUUGAUAAAGAGAUACCUUUAGCUGAAGGAGAGGGCAAUAACAAUGUAUUACUAGAACCAACAGGAAGCUGCAGUCUUCAUAUUUUGGAGAGUGAAACAAAAGCUGCAGAACAAGAGCUGUGUGAAGUACCGUUUCGAGAGGAUGCUGAGCUGAAAGCAGAACUGACGGGCAGUGUUUCAGCAGCCGGUCUCUUCCUAGGAAACAAACCAGAACCACUGCAAAGGUUGCCAGUGCUCCAGGUACAGUCGUCUUCAAGUGAUAAAACAGGGGCAUUGGUAGAACUGGAUCAAUUGCAAAUGCAGUCUCCAUAUGAUGAUCUAAAAGAGUUCAUACGGGAGCUAGAGGCACUUUCAGUGCAGACCUGCUUUGGUGAAGAAACAAAGGAAGCUCUGGAAACAGUCUCACUUGAAAUGCAGACUGCUUCGAGCAGUGAAGCAAGAGAGAAAAUGUUGGGACGAGAAUCGUUUGAGCUGCCAGUUAUGAGUGAGGAGGCAGGGGAGUUGGCAGCUCUGAAAUUCCUUGAAAACUUCCCAUCACUUAAUGAGAGAGAGAACUUGGUGCCUUCAGUUAGCAAUGGACAGAAGACAGUAGAGCUGAUUCUGUCUGAUGUUCAGCUUGCUUUGGGAGAGAAGGCAAAGAAACUGGAAUUGAAUUUGUCUGGAGUUCAUAAAGCAGACACUGUACCAGAAGAUUGGAUGCAAGUAGAACCUCCUCCCCUAAGGCUGUCUUCAUCUGGUGGUAGACCUGAGAAACAACUGGAUCUGAAGACCCAUGACAUGCUGUCAAUGCUGGGUGCUGAGAUUGAGCAGCUUCUAGAACUGGUGCUUCCUGAUGUGCAGCCAUCUCGGGAAGAUGGGAGGGAGGACCUGUUAGGGUUGGAACAUGCUGCACGGCAAAGUUCUGCAAAUAGUGGAAGUCAUUUUUCAUUUCUUACAAAAGACUUAAUGAAUCAGAGGCCUGUUUGCACUGUGAAGUCAUGUGACUGCAAAGCUGAGAAACGUCAGGAGUGGCAGAAGAAGAAAGAUGACCGUUACGUGGAAGAAUGGAUGAAACAAGACAUGGCUGACUCAUUUAAAGAAUGUGGAAAUACACGUGUGCAGUCUUCAGACUGUAAACCUGAGGAUGAAGAAGUAGGAAAAAAGCAAAACAAGAACUUGGAUCACUGCAGUGCAGAACACAGUGAGUAUACUUGUAAUCUGAAGGGCUUUGCUGUCGGUUCCAAAUGUGUGGUGUGGACCUCUCUGAAAUGGUGUGAGGCUCGCAUUUUGGAGGUAUCUGAAAAAGGUACCAGGGUCUUGAAUCUCUCCAGUGGCAAUGAGGAGAUUGUGGAUCCUGAGAAUGUCUGGAACGGUAUUCCUGACUGGGCUUGCAGACCAUCUGAGAAAAGCAAACUGGCUGCAGUUCAGAUUUAG